AUGGCCAAGCGAUCCUUUACUCGUUAUGUUGAACAAGAGCUGGGAAAGUUGCCGCAUUUUGUGAUCUACGCUUUGCUCGAAUGGACGUUAAUCAUUCUGCUUUUCAUUGAUGGGUUCCUUGCCUUUGCUGCCAAUGAAUUUGCCAAGUUCUUCGAGCUGAGAAUCCCAUGUUGGCUCUGCACCAGAAUCGAUCACAUCCUCGUUCAUAGGGACCAAGAUUUUUAUUACAAUGAUUCCAUUUGUGAAGCUCACAGGAAAGAUGUUUCAUAUCUUGCUUAUUGCCACAACCACAAGAAGCUGUCUGAUAUAAGAAAGAUGUGUGAGGCAUGCCUACUUUCAUUUGCUACUGAGAAAGAAUCUGAUUGCGAUACAUACAAGUCCUUGGUUGGUAUUUUGCAUAAGGAUCUUGAGUGCUUUGUUGAGGAUGAUUACCACCAAAUUCAGCUGAGUGUGCCUGCAGCAAGGACAUGGGAGGAGGCAGCAGGGCAGGUUGAGAAUAGUGGCAGCAUUGUUCAGGUUUCGUGUUCGUGUUGUGGUGUGCCAUUGAAGAUGAGCUCUACUUCCUCCGCCUAUCCUAAGGGCAAAAAUGGCAGCGCAUUAGCACAUGCUCCGGCUCCUUCUCCACGAGCACCGUUGAGAAAUGAUGAGAAUCGUGGUUUGGAGUUGCCCCACAUUCGAUACACAGAACUCAAACUUAUGUCUGAUCACGAGUCUGAGCUUCCAGAGGAUGAGUAUGGAUCACACCCACCAAAUCGUGACUCUCAAUCAGUCAAGGAAGAUCCCAAAGCUUCUGCAGUGCCAUCAUUGACAGAAGGUGAUGAUUUAACUGAUGAUGCAAACAGAACACCUGUUUUUGGCAAAGGAAACAGGUUUUUUGGGAUCCCACUUACAGAUUCAGCUACAAAUAGUCCCAGGGUGGCUAUGAGGAUUUCAAGGAAAUCACCACUGGAAAAAGGUAGCGACUUUGUGUUAGAAUCUGCCGACGGGAGCACUCCAAAUGAUGCUGAUUGUGAUUCCAUUUUGCACCGGUUGAAGAGACAGGUCCGGUUGGAUAGGAAGUCGCUGAUGGCUUUGUACAUGGAGCUGGAUGAAGAAAGAAGUGCUUCAGCUGUUGCAGCAAACAAUGCAAUGGCCAUGAUCACCCGGCUACAAGCAGAGAAGGCUGCUGUUCAGAUGGAGGCCUUACAAUAUCAGAGAAUGAUGGAGGAACAGGCAGAGUAUGACCAGGAAGCCCUGGAAGCAACAUAUGAUCUGCUUGCAAAGAGAGAGGAAGAGCUCAGGAUUAUAGAAACUGAAGUAGAGGCUUAUAGAGAAAAAUAUGGAUUGCUCAAGGAAUUUGGCUAUGAGGCUGGUGAAGAGGUCAAAGGCUUGAACAAUGGUGAGCAUAAUGGGGAGAGCACACCCAAUGAUCAAGUCGUGUCAUCAAAGGAGGAGAACGUAGAGGGAGCGCUUGCUGAAUCUUUGAAACCUUUGAAAGAGGAGAAAACCUACCUCCUGGGUCGGAUGAAGAAACUCGAUAAGAGAAGUAACUUAUCAGCUAACGGGUUCCAUUCCUUGCAGGGCUCUGAUGGUCUGAAUCAUCCUGAUGAUGAGAUAGGAAAUGGAAACAAAGCUGCUCUAACAAGGCAAUUGUCAUUAUUGUCUCAUCUUAGUGAAAGGGUGAAGGCCCUUGAAACGGACACUGGAUUCUUAGAAUAUGCUGCUAAGACGCUUGAGAAACAUAGCGAAGGAACACAACUUUUGACAGAGAUCAAAAACUUCAAAACUUGCAGAAGCUUCAUGGCACCUUAUAGAUAG